CCCGCGAAGAAAUUUGGUCCAUCGAUAUGCACGAGGCCUAUCUGAUCCUCCUACCAGGCAAUCUUUUUCCUCCCCAAUGCCGCCGCCGUUUCCGCCGUCUACCCUUCCGCCGCGUCUCCUCGCCGGCGGCGACCACCACCCGCCCCCGACCUCCGCCUCCUCCCCGGAACACCCCUUCCUCUCCGCGCAUCUCGUCCUCCCCUCCCCGUCUCCGUCCCCCGCCGAUUUCUCCUCGCCGCACCUACCCCUCGCUCUCGCCUUCGCCUUCCUCACCGAGCCUUCCCCGCUCCCGCGGCGUCUCCUUGUCGUCCUCCACGCCGCCGGCGCACGCUUCCCCGCCUUCUACCAUGCCUUCGCGUCCGCUCUCCACUCCCUUCCCUUCCCUCUCCUCCUCCCCCACCCGCGCACCCGCCUCCUCCUCGCCGCCUCGGAGCUCGCCCGCGCGACGGCGCCGGGGUUCGCGCCCCUCCUCGCCUCCCUCCUCCGCCGCGUGCCGUUCCCCGGGGACGCCUGCUUGCUCGAUGUCUUGCACGAGCACGCCUCGUUUAUUGCCGACGAAGAGCCCCAGCUCCUCGCCACCGCCGUGUACGCCUUCCUCCGACUCCUUUCCAGAAACCGCUUCGUUUCGGCCUCAGGUAGCGUCGAGUUGAAGGAUUGCGAGGAGUGCAAGGGUGCCAAAAACCUGCAAGAAUGCAGGGCAAAGCUGGUGUCUUUCUGCAUCUCCAUGCUGCAGGAUCACUUCCAAGUGUGCGCACUGCUCGGAAGGGACCUUGUAAGGUCGCUCCACGAGCUGGCGCUGGUGCCGGAGUUCCAGGUGUUGUGGCGAGACUUGAUACUUGACCAUGCUGCCAAUGUCUGUCGGAUCGGCACACCCCGUUGGUGCACUGUCGUUUCCAUCACGUCAGAGAUGGAGACGCAGCUCUUGUUCAUGAUGAACAAUGUGAAGUGGGGGGAUCAGAAGAGGUACCAGCUGUGGUUCGCAAGGAAGCACCUGAUGGUGCCUGGAGGGGAGGAGAGGAUCCCCGACAUUGUAAGGUUCAUAUGCUGCGGGCACCACCCGACCAACGAGGUCAUGAAAUCUGGUGUCAUUGCUCGCUGGGCGGUUGUAGGUUGGCUGCUGACGAGUUGCAGCAAGGGUUAUGUUGUGGCGAAUGUGAAGCUGGCGCUGUUCUAUGACUGGUUGUUCUUCGAGGACGGGAUGGGUAGUGUCAUGAAUAUUGAACCUGCUAUGCUCCUGAUGGUGAAUUCAGUGUCUCAGUACGCUGAUAUCACGAACAUGCUGCUUGAGUUCUUGUUUCUUCUGAUUGACAACUAUGAUGUGCAGAGGAAGGAGGCGAUUGCACGCUGUGUGAGGAGUGCGUUUGGGGUGCUGGUGAAGAAAGGAGUGGUUCCGUCAUUGGAGCCAUUGACAGGUUGUGACAAGUUAUCACCACUGCUGAGGCAAAAGCUUCUGGCAUUUUUAUCUGAUACUUGUGAGGCAGCUGAAGAAGCUUGUGGGAAGACAAUCAAUGAGGUUUCUAAAGGAACAGAGUUGAACAAGAGAAUUUGCUGAAGCAUGCACACAAUUUAUGGUUGUCACAACCAUCUCUACGAGGAAUGAAUUUAGCACCUAUUCGUCGGGUUUUCCUUGUUUUGGAAACUUUCGUAGACCUGUAAAGAGGAAACAGAAGGUGCUUUGGGUAUUAUAUAAGGACAAGGGAGAGGUGAAGAAAAUUUUGGAAGCGGCAAGCAUAAGGAAUGUGAAAUAUGUGUUAAUCAUUGACUUGCCCUGUUACCUGCAUGCCAGUUUCUGGUUCAUAUUUAGAGACAAUGAGAAGAGAGAGAGGAAGGAUGACCGAAGUUGACAUAGAGUUAGACAUGGAAGGAGGAGAUAUACCCAAAGAUUUAGUCUUGAAUAAAAGUGCAUGAAAAGCAGCUAUCUAUGUGACCGAACCUUGACUUGUGGGUUCUAUCGGGUUUCUACCUUAAUUUACUUGGGAUAACAGUCUUUGUUGUUAUCACUGUUACUAGGUGAGUGCCCGUGCGUUGCGACGGUAGUAAAAAAAUUUGUAUAAAACAUAAAAACGAAACGACAAACAUCACUAUGAUAUGUAAAAUCUGUGUGGUAAACAUUAUCAAUAUCACACAAAUUAUUCCUAAAGAGUCAAUUUAGAGUUUUGUAA